UUGCAUUGUUGCAGAGAGAGAGUGAGAGAGUGCUGUUGCGUAGCUUAAAAUCACAAGAUGAUGCUUCAGCAGUUGAAGCUUCCAUCCCGCCUCCUAAAGUCUCUGCCUCUUUGUUCCCUUCCGUCUACCACUACCACCCUUCAAGAUAUUGCUUCUUCUCUCCCAACUAAAGGUAUUGCGAAGGUUGUAUUGAAAAAGGGGAAGACACAACUUUUUAAGGAGGGAAGCCCAAUGGUAUACAGUGGAGCAGUUGAUAGAAUAAUAGGUAGACCACCACCUAAGUCUGGAGAUAUUGUACUGGUAGCUGAUGGGACGGAGAAACCUAUUGGUUGGGGCUUGUAUAAUUCUGCAUCCAUGUUCUGUGUUAGGCUUAUGCAAUUAGAAGAGGAAGCAAUAAGAGAUCCUUCUUGUGCAUUGAACGUGGAGAAACUACUUGAAACAAGAAUUGAUGCUGCAAUACAGUUGCGAAGGAGGUUGGGUCUGCCCUCAUCCCAUACAAAUGCAUAUCGCCUUGUUAAUAGUGAAGGAGAUAGAUUGUCUGGAUUGAUUGUUGAUGUCUUUGGAGAUUUAGCUGUAAUAGCAUCAUCUGCUGCAUGGGUUGAGAAGUACAGACCAGAAGUAGAGGCUUGCAUCAGUAGAAUUAAUGAAAUUAAUCAUAUAAACUGGAGACCAUCAAUUGAAAUUUUAAGAGAAGAAGGAAUGGAUGUGACCGAUUUGAAAGAUAAUCAUUCAUCAAUUUGUCGUGAAAGGACAAAGGUAGUAGAAAAUGGAAUUUCUUAUGCAAUAUCUCUGGUGGGCCAAAAGACUGGAUUUUAUGCUGAUCAACGUGAAAACCGCCAAUUUAUAUCAACAAUUUCAGCUGGUCAGAAAGUUCUUGAUAUUUGCUGUUAUAGUGGUGGUUUUGCUCUAAAUGCAGCAUGUGGAGGUGCCAUGGAUGUUGUAGGUGUUGACACGUCAUUGCCUGCUCUAGAGCUUGCUAGAGAAAAUAUUAUUCUUAACCACCUGGACCCAGGAAAAAUAUCGUUUUUGAGAGAGGAUGCAACAGAGUUUAUGAAGGCUGCUCUUGCCAGAAAUGAAUAUUGGGAUUUAGUUAUUUUGGAUCCUCCUAAAUUGGCACCAAGAAGGAAGGUUCUUCAAAGUGCAUCAGGCAUGUACAGAAAUCUGAACUCAUUAGCAAUGGGAUUGACGAAGAAAGGUGGUCUUCUCAUGACUUGUUCAUGUUCGGGAGCCGUGACCCAAAGUGGAAUAUUCUUGCGUAUUCUGCAGGGCGCUGCAUCAAUGGCAGGAACAAAGAUCACAGUUCUAAGGCAGGCUAGUGCAGCUUCUGACCAUCCUAUUGACCUAUCCUAUCCAGAAGGUACUGAAGUUAAAGCCUAGCGAAUACUAAACAGAGAUUUUGGAGUUCUGAUCUGCUGAGUAUUCCAGGUUGUCACCUCCUCAGCAAUGCAUGUAGAUAGGGCCCAUAUAGAUCAUAUUAUGUACUUUGUACAUUAUAAUUAGUUAUUAUUUGUAAUGUAAAUCAUGAAUUGUAUGUUGAAAUACCGAUUAUGGAACUGUAAUUAAUUUGUAGAUUAUGUAAAUUAUGAAUUUAUGUAAUCAGUUUGUAAAUCAUAUAAAUUAAUGAAACUUGAGAAUUUAUAUAUAUAAA